CGCCAUUGUGUACAAAAGUGUGUCGCAGUCGCCAAAUAAAAGGAAAAAAAAGUCCAAAAUCUUUUAUAAAUUGCCAAAGAAAAUACAAAAAAAAAAGGUCGCGUCGUCGUUGGUGUUUAUACAUUAAUAGCUUCCAAGGAAAUCGCACAUAACGCACACACAAAAUGGGAAAUGAAUCGUCGCUGCCGAUGGAAAUGUGCUCGAAUUUCGAUGCGGAUGAGAUACGUCGUCUGGGCAAACGUUUCCGCAAACUGGAUCUGGACAAUUCGGGUGCAUUGAGCGUGGAUGAGUUUAUGUCGCUGCCGGAAUUGCAACAGAAUCCGCUUGUGCAGCGCGUGAUCGACAUUUUCGAUGCGGACGGCAACGGCGAGGUGGACUUCAAGGAGUUCAUCCAGGGCGUCUCACAGUUCAGCGUCAAAGGCGACAAACUGUCCAAGCUGCGCUUCGCAUUUCGCAUCUACGACAUGGACAACGAUGGCUACAUCUCAAAUGGCGAACUCUUCCAGGUGCUCAAAAUGAUGGUGGGCAACAAUUUGAAGGAUACGCAGCUGCAGCAAAUUGUGGACAAGACAAUCGGUUUUGCGGACAAGGACGAGGACGGCAAAAUCUCCUUCGACGAGUUCUGUUCGGUGGUCGGCAACACGGAUAUACACAAGAAGAUGGUUGUCGAUGUCUAAAAAACAAAUUGAAAUCGAAACGAAAGUUUGCCUAAAGUUGCAACUGCAUAGGUUUACCUUUUUUAUAUAUAUAUAUAAAUAUUGUAUAUGCAUAAUCAAAGCAAAUCAUUUUCACUAGUUACUAUUUAUUA